GACGUUCGGCGUUACGAGACAUAUUAAGAUUUAAGUUCGCCGUGACCGUGGUCGACCGCGCUUCUAAGCUUCUUCUCCAACACCACUAAAACCGCUCCUCGUCUAGGGUUUUACUCCGCUCAUCCCGAACAAACCCUAGGUUUCCUGCGGAGAGGGAGGGGAAUGGCGAGCGCUAUCCCUCCCCCUCUCGCGCCUCAUCCCCCUCCCGCGCCUCAUCCUCCUCCUCGGCCCCCGGAGGCGCUGGAUCCUGCGGCCGCGGCGGUGGCGAUCAACUCCUACCGCCUCAGAAUGGUGGCCGAUCGCCUCACGUCGCACUUCCAGGGCUUCAUAUCUAUGAACACCGCCGAGCUUGGCCAACUCUGCUACGCGCUCGCGAGAGGUAUUGAUUAUGCUCUCUCAUGCAAUGAUAUCCCCUCAGUGGCCACUUGUAUACCUGCAAUAUUGAAAAUGGCGUAUCAGCGGCGGAGUGAUUCAUCACUUCACUGUUCUUUAAUGGUGCUAAUGAUUUCUGCGAAGAAUGCUUGCAAGAGUGGAUGGUUUCUACCUGCUGAUGCUGAUGAAAUAUUUGGCAUGGCAAAAGAGCUAUUUAACAUCUUCUGCACGCCAAUGAGUUCUGCAACUGAUGAUCGUACUCUGGAUAUUAUUUCAAGGAUUAUGCCUCAGUUUUAUCCUCAGUUGAAAUUCUGCCGUUUAAUUCAUUCUUUUGAAGCAAAGACAGGCUAUGAUAUUUUAAUGGCUGAUUUCCAAAUUCAGAGGAAUAUACCAGCAGAUGAAAAGAUAAUGUUAUUUGUUGCUCAAACAGAUAAUUUGGAGACAUCAUCUUGUAUUGUAAGUCCGCCGCAUGUGAGCUUUUUGAUCAAUGGAAAGGGUGUAGAACGGAGAACUAAUGUUUCAACGGAUUAUGGACCUCAAUUCCCCACUGAUAUUACAAGGAUGCUCAAAUAUGGCACGAAUAUAAUCCAGGCAAUUGGGUAUUUUACUGGUAAUUAUAUCAUAGCAAUAGCAUUUAUCAGUAAGCUUACUUCAUAUGCUCCCCCAAUUCUUGAGGACUAUGUCCAACCAGGUGUUGCUGAACAAGCUCCUGACUCUGAGAUAAUUGAGGGACCGUCAAGAGUAUCACUGAACUGUCCCAUAAGUUUUAAGCGUAUAAAAACUCCUGCCAAGGGACAUCUCUGCAAACACCAUCAGUGUUUUGAUUUGGACAAUUACUUGGAAAUGAACUCAAGGAAGCCAGCUUGGCGCUGCCCUUGUUGUAACUCACCGGCUAGCUAUCAUGAGUUGCGCAUCGAUCGAAAUAUGGUCAAGAUAUUGGAAGAGGUGGGAGAUAAUUGUGUUGAUGUCGUUCUAUUUGCCGAUGGAUCUUGGAAAAUGGUUACGGAAAAUAAUGAAAAUAAAAAUGAACAACUCGGUGUUAAAAAUCCAACUGAAACUGAUUCACAAGUGCAAACUGAUAUUGUAGAUCUAACAAUGGAAGAAGACAAUGAAAGUGUUUUUCCUAUGAAUUCAACACAGGUCGAGUCUUUAGAAGAAAGAUCUACAAAUCCAUUUGAAAACCUUAAUUUUGAGAUGGAAGAUAGAAAACCAUUUCUGGAUUAUCAAAACCAAAACUUCCUCAUCUCAGAACUAUUUUCUGAACUACCAAUUACUGCUGCUACAUCUGUGACCACUCAAACAGCGGAAAAUAAUUGGAGCAGAAGCAACAAUGUCUCAUCGACUACUAUUGCCCCUGGUGGAUUAGUAUCUCCACUUAAUGCCUCAAACCCUAAUGAUUUUGAUGCUGUUUCAAAUCCAGUUACAAAUGAUGCUAUAUCACAGUCAACUUUCCCACUUUUAUCAUCUCAAGGAAGGCAAAUUACAGAAAAUUUGCAAUUACAACCCUCAAGUUAUGGGAAUUCGCUGGUAAGUACUGAAAGUGGAAGGGCACCAAUACCAAGAAACGUGACUAGAACCCCAAUAGCAGUUCAGGCUCUUCCUGUGCCCUCCCAACAAUCCCCUAGUGCGUCUCGAAGAAUGCGGACCAAUAAUGUUCCUAAUAAUUUUACCUCUGGAAUGUCAACAUCCUACCCAGCAGUUCAUUUAACAGCUAAUCCCAACGGAAUUGCUGUUGGUAGGGAUAUGGAAAUCGAGCAGCUUACGAGGAACCGUAAUGCGGUAAACUCAUCGGCGCAGCUUCAGUCGACACCGCAGGUGGUCGCCCUUCCUGCCCAAACUCUAGCAGGCACAAGAUCACUACCCGAGCAACCGAGAGUUGUCAGUCCUUACCUUCAAAACCCUAAUCCAGCACGAAACCCAGUGAUGCAUCAUUCCAUGAACAACCAAAGUAUGGGCGGAGUUCCAGUGGGGAACAUCGAUACCCUUCGUUCUAUCCUUUUAUCCAGCCAACAACACGUGCAGGGAUCGAGAUUGCAAAACUCUAAUCGAGUCCUGCCCCCUUUUCCUGGGUUGGUCGACACCGGCUGUGCGAUUCCAAUGGCAAGCUCCGACACGCUCCCUGAGCUCCCAUCAGAGCAAAACUGGCGGCCCACUGGCCGAAUGAGGGGAAGCCUUACAGGCGAUGCUUACUCAGCAGCACUCAACCAAUAUCUGGUUCCUCCUCCACAAUCCGGGCAAACCCGGCCACCUGGUCCAAAUGCUCCCGGGUUUCGGCAUUAACUUCUAAGUGUCAAUACCCAUCAACUUUCUAACACAGCUGGCUAACCAGAAAAAGUGAGUGAUAUGUGGUUUUUGUGGCAAGCAGGUGUAAAGAGAGUGUGGUUUUCGUCGCAAGUAGGUGUAAAAAGAAACUGUUCAUGCAAUGUACAUAGCAAACACUAUGGUUCAGUAGGUGCAUGGUAAUGUACUGUUCAUUUUGUUUUGUUGUACAGGAACACAGAUUUACCUCUGCUUAUACAGCUGGUAAGCACCUAGCAAGCAAACUUAUAUUCCUGGUCAAAAGUUAGAGGGGGAAUAUGAGGUUCAUCAAAAAUAUGGUGGACCAAAAAUUUGAUUGCUGA